AUGGAAGUGGAUUAUGAAGACACAUGUAAUGAAAAAAUACCAUUGUGGAAAUCAUGGGCUUCCAAUGGGAGGGUGCAAGAAGCGAUAGACCAAUUACUUGCCCUUGAGAAACAAACCAGAACGGGUGCUGAUAUGCCAUCCACAGCCAGAAUUCUUGUGGCUAUUGUACAAAUUUGUUUUGAGGCCAAGAAUUGGUCUGCACUCAAUGAUCAUAUUGUUCUUCUGUCUAAGAGAAGAUCUCAGCUAAAGCAAGCAGUUGUCAAGAUGGUCCAAGAAUGCUGUACUUAUGUUGAUAAAACUCCUGAUAAAGAGACAAAGAUCAAGUUGAUUGAAACUCUAAGGACCAUAACCGAGGGAAAAAUAUAUGUUGAAGUUGAAAGGGCAAGAUUGACCAACAUUUUGGCCAAAAUAAGGGAACAGGAGGGUGAUGUGGCUGAGGCUGCAAAGAUAAUACAGGAGCUCCAAGUUGAGACAUAUGGCUCUAUGGAUAAACGUGAGAAAGUAGAAUUGAUUUUGGAACAGAUGAGAUUGUGUUUGGCCAUCAAAGACUACAUUCGUACACAGAUUAUUUCAAAGAAAAUAAACACUAAAUUUUUCGAGGAGGAAAAUACCCAGGAGUUGAAAGAAAAAUUCUACCGUAUAAUGAUAUCGGUUGACCAACAAAAUGGCCAGUAUCUCUCAGUGUGUAGACAUUUCAGUGCCUUGGGUGUAGCUGGAGGUUCAGAGGCUCUUAUUGGCAGUGUGGUUUUCUUGAUACUUGCUCCAUAUGAUAAUGAACAAUCUGAUUGGACCCACAGACUGAAUUUGGACAAGGAACUGGACAAGUUACCUGAAUACAAACAGUUGUUGGGAUUAUUCAUCAACCCAGAAAUAAUAAGAUGGAACACACUCUGCUCAACCUACGAGAAAAUGCUGCGCAAGACUCCUUACUUUGAUGCAUCAGAUGAGAAGGGGCAGGAGCGCUGGAAUGACCUCAAAAACAGGGUUGUUGAACAUAACAUCCGCAUAAUGUCAAUGUACUACACGCGCAUCACGCUGCAGCGAAUGAGCGAGCUGCUCGGUCUGAGCGUGACGGAGACUGAGGAGGCUCUCAGCCAGCUCGUGGUCACCGGCGUGGUUCGCGCCAAGAUCGACCGGCCCGCCGGCGUGGUGCACUUCAGCCUCAACAAGGACGCUUCGGACCGCCUCAACGAUUGGUCCAACAACCUAAACACACUUAUGCAGCUGGUGAACAAAACUACGCACCUCAUCAAUAAGGAAGAGUGUUUUAUUAACUAUGUGAAGAAAUUGCUAGCUGUCGAAUUAGGGCACAGCUUCGAUGGGACUGAACACAUUCAUAAACAUGAUUCGAAUUUGGAACAAAAAUAUUAUCUCGGAGACUAUCCCAAGGCGGUAGAUGCUGUCUAUUUCAAUGGAUUGUCAAAGAAUGGACCUGCAGUUAUAUGUGGUUUGGCACGUAGACCCAAAAACUUUUGCGAUGCAUUUUUAUACUUAAAGGUAGAUGGUGAAGACCUUCUGUUGUCUCCAAAUCUUCCGGACACUAAACUGGAGCAGAAAGCUUUGGAACAGGGAGAGUACAGCGUGCACGGUAUCACGAUUACUAACUUCACCCCGAUGAGAACCUGGAAACUGUGUUAUAGUGGAGAAAUGAAAACGAGAUCAAGCCCUGAGAGGAAAUUGAAAGUGGAAUUAGAGCUGACGUGGGGUGCCAACUGGGCACCGUUUGAAUACGACGCGCACAUGGCCCCAAGCAGCAUUGCCAGCGAUAUGGCCCGUGAGCCUUGGUCCUCCGAUUACUUCAGAUUACUCAACAAAUUACAUCAAACACAUUAUGAACAAAUGGGUUUUAUUAAAGGAACCGCAAUUGUUGAUGGCAAAGAACAUAUACUGAAUAUGCCUUGUUUGAGGGACCGCAGUUUUGGACGAUUCCGCGAGUGGAGAAAUUUCCAUCGUUACGUUUACCACUUUAUUUUUCUCGAGAACGGUGACUGUAUGGCGGUAGGCAGUGUGUCUGAACCUACCGUUUUAUCACACUUGACGAUCGGAUAUAUGUGCAUUCAAGAAGAUCAGACAGUUCUACCAGUCGAUUCUAGCGACUUCCAUUUGUACCAGCAUGGUGAAAAUCAAAUACUACCGAAGGAUUACGGAUUCGUUUUCAAUUCCGGUGGCCAGUCGUAUGCUGUUAAGAUAAAAGUUUACGAUGAGCACGUCUUUUAUAUAGGGUCGGAAAGAGAGGCGAAAUUUUACGAAAGAUGGUGUAACGUCGAGGUAAAUGGCGUCAAAGGCUGCGCCUGUGUGGAAUGGCACUACAACAAUGUGCAAAACUCUGAU